AGAGCAUAGAUGACAUCUUCUCAUCACCUAGCCUGAUCGCACAAAGCUUUCUUCCUUGCCAUCUAGAAAAGCAAUGCUCGCUUCCUCAUCAGCUUGAUAAAAAAACAACAGAGAAUGUUCCUCACCUAGGUACUAGAGACCUACGCGCUACUCCUCUCCUGGCACUUGUCACGCUGAGCCUUGUCGUUGUAAUUGUUCUCCGAUCCGCCGUCCCACGUGUACGUCCGAUCGACACGUCGUCCGUUCCAGGGGCGCCGCGCGCGGGGGGGAGUCGGCAGCUCGCGGCAUGGCGAGCGCGCGGCCGCCGGCGCGCGCGACGUGGUGCGCGCGCUGCGGCGCGUACCUUUCCGUGGCCCCCGGGGCGCGCUCCGUGCGGUGCGCGCUCUGCCACGCCGUGACGCGAGUCGAGCGCCGCCCGCACGGCCUGCAACACGCCGCCGUGGGGUUCAUCAAGGGCAUCAUCAAUGCCUUCACGCCGCCGCCGCCCUCGUCCGCGUCGUCGCUUUCCCAGCUGCCGGCGGCGAGCUACCCGGGAGCCCGCGGCUGCAAGAAGCGCGCGCUCCUCGUGGGCAUCAGCUACGCCGGCACCCGGUACGAGCUCAAGGGCGCCGUCAACGACGUCAACUGCAUGGACUACCUGCUCCGCGAGCGCUUCGGCUUCCCGGCCGACUGCAUCCUCGUCCUCACACAGGAGGACAGGGACCCGUCCCGGGUGCCGACGCGUGAGAACCUGGUGCGCGCGCUGCGGUGGCUCGUGGACGGCGCCACCGCCGGGGACUCCCUGGUGUUCCACUUCUCCGGGCACGGCGUGCAGAAGCUGGACAACAACAGCGACGAGGCGGACGGCUACGACGAGGCGCUCUGCCCGGUGGACUUCGAGGACCCCCGCGGCGGCGUCAUCCUCGACGACGAGAUCAACGCCACCAUCGUCCGGCCGCUGGGCAGGGGCGUGAAGCUCCACGCCAUCGUGGACACCUGCCACAGCGGCACCAUCCUCGACCUCCCCUACCUCUGCCGCCUCUCCAGGACCGGAUACUGGCAAUGGGAGAACCAACAGACCCGCUUCUCCAGCGAGCAGAAGUGCACGAGCGGCGGCCUCGCCAUCUCCAUCAGCGGCUGCGGCGACAGCCAGACCUCGCAAGAUACCACGGCGUUCUCGGGCUCGACCUCGACGGGCGCCAUGACGUACAGCUUCAUCAAGGCGGUGGAGUCGGAGCCGGGCACAACCUACGGCCGCCUGCUCACGGCGAUGAGGGCCACCAUCCGCGACAACGGCGGGGAGUUGGGGAUCCCCGGUCCCAUCGGCACCUUCUUCCGCCGGGUCAUCACAUUCAGCUGCGCGCAGGAGCCCCAGCUCUGCGCUUCGGAGACGUUCGACAUCUACAGGAAGCCCUUUCUCUUGUGAUUGAGCAUGGGGUCGCUUUGCAACGUUUUACAAUGCACACAAACGAGUUUAUGAUUGGCACAAUUUGUAGGUGUUUCCUUUUGUCUCUGAUUUCUUGUUUUUCUGCUCUGGCUAGUGAAUAGUGAUAGACUCCUGUGCAAUCAAGUGAUUUGGAAGAGCCAUAGCGAUGUUGAAUUUUUGUAGAACUUUGAAGUGGAAAAUCCAUGAAUUUAUCUGCAGGAACCACAGCUUCUUGCUAAUACUACUCACAAUCUAGACUUGCUGCACUUUUGUAAAUGUCAGAACCUGGUUGAGAACUAAUAAGUUUGGUUGUUUA